AUGCGUGUUGUCAGGACAAUCGGUUUGGCACGGCGAUGCCGCGGCGCGUAUCGAGCACAUUUACCGCCUACCAUACCGCCUUACUUAGUCCCCGCACAAUUGACUAGGACCGCAGCACGUGAUAGCCAGCGUGGUUCCGCUGAUGAACGCAUUGGCUUGCAUAUACACCCCGCAUCCAAAUGGUGGCAAGAGCCCAGCGAUGCCGAUCUCGACUACGGAUUCGAUUCUGACGAACUGGAUACCAGAUAUAACAAACCUGAUCUAAACACCUCCCACGAUAAAAGCAAACAGAGAGACAUUCAGAAUACGGACGAUAAGGGCCUGAUUGCAAGCAUGUCUUCUUGGCUCCAGCGGCAGGCAGGCUCGUCCCACGGACAGCUUGCGACAGCGGCUGUCGUAUCUGGCGCAGCUGUCGCAGGUGCUAUCCUUGGGUACCAGUCAUACAAGCGCAAGGAAGCUGUCCAUGACCUCAAGGCCUCGAUCCCAAGUAUAGAUGAUUUACAUACUGCGGAAACGCUCACCGAUUUUGGCGCUGCCUCGAAUGGAGUACCACUGAGCAAGGAAGAUGAGCGCAGUGCAGCUUUAGCUCGCAGAGCGCAACAGGGAGACUACGAUGACGACUUGAUUCUUGAACAGCUCGCCCGCAACCGCGUGUUCCUCGGCGAUGAAGGCCUUGCCAAGCUUCGAUCGUCAUUCGUUGUCGUGGUCGGCUGUGGUGGUGUCGGUUCGCAUGCUGCUGCUUCACUGGCUAGAUCAGGCGUGUCCAAAAUCCGGCUCAUCGAUUUCGACCAAGUCACACUAUCAUCGUUGAACCGACACGCCCUUGCGACAUUGGCUGAUGUUGGCACACCGAAGGUCCAUUGCAUUCGGAGGCGGUUGGAACAAAUCGCACCGUGGGUCACCUUCGAUUGCCGGAAUGAGCUCUAUGGAAAGGCCGCGUCCGAUGAUCUCCUCGGCCCCUGGUCUCUGACACACGAUGGAGAGGGCCGUCGACCAGACUUCGUGUUGGAUUGUAUCGAUAACAUUACAUCCAAGGUAGAGUUGCUACACUACUGCCACUCGAACUCCUUGCCUGUGAUCUCGUCGAUGGGUGCGGGAUGCAAGUCGGACCCGACUCGGGUUGUGGUUGGCGACAUUUCGCUUAGCACUGAUGAUCCUUUGUCCCGCAGUACACGCCGUAGACUCAAGCUUCUUGGUGUUUCAUCUGGUGUUGCGGCCGUGUUCUCGACAGAGAAACCAGGUCCGGGCAAGGCUACUCUACUUCCUCUCCCCGAGGAGGAAUUCACCAAGGGUCAAGUUGGUGAGCUUGGUGUUCUUCCUGACUUCCGAGCCCGCAUCCUCCCAGUACUGGGUACCAUGCCUGCAGUGUUUGGUUACACAGUAGCCAACCACGUUAUUUGCACUAUUACUGGCUACCCGCUUGACUACAACAUGGGCGCCAAGGGCCGCGAGAAACUUUAUGAUACCAUCUUGGCUGCUUUGCUAAGUUUGCACGAAAGAAUGAUCAGACAAGUCACCGGCCAAGAUACCGUGGGGCUUCGCGCCUCGCUCAGCAAGGAUGAUAUUGCAUUUGUUGUGGAGGAAGUAUACCGGGGGAAGAGUGCGAUCAGUGGCUUGUCUAACAGACUGGCUCUCAUCCCCUGGCAAACUCCUGCUCACGGGUGGAACAUGGAUCUGAGCCUUGAGAAAGAGGGACAGAAGACCAUCCCGAUGGACAUCAAUCAAAUGGUUUGCAUGACCAAGGAGGAAGCGCUCCGACACGAAAACGAGGUGCUUAAGGGUGGCAAGAAGGUGGAAGAGGUGUAUGAUGAGACUGUUCUCCAGCGUGUAAACCUGCGCAGACGGGAAGCGGAGGAAAACGGAAUCCAACUCGGAGCCCAUGAAGGCUCCCAGCGCGGCUCCAGUUCCCCCGCGGAUGACAUCAAAUCCCCCGGGUGGUCCCAAAUGGCUCUCUCGGUAGUUUCCGCGCCGCGCUUCCGGCGCUUAGUGCUGAUCUACGUCGCGCUGUUUAUAUUUGCAUGGAUCGGUUGGCGAACGCUGCUUUCUCCGCGACUACAAGACCAAAAUUUGCUGUUGCAUUCACUUGAUCCGACGUCUAAGACAGAGACAGGUGGGUGGUUCGGGGUAAAUUCAUCCCCUCAGUUCGACGGUUUGGUUCAGGUCCGCACAUUGGACCCAGACCUGGUGCCUGGGGAUAUAGCGGGAGCGAAGGCAGGAAAAUCUAGUCGGAAGCGGUUAAUUAUUGUGGGUGAUGUGCAUGGCUGUAAAGAGGAGUUGGUGCAACUUCUUGAGAAAGCCGCCUUCAACCAAGAAGGUGGUGAUCACCUUAUCUUUGUCGGGGACAUGAUCAACAAAGGACCGGACAGCACAGGAGUUGUGGACUUGGCUCGGCAGCAUUCAGCAUCUAGUGUGCGCGGGAACCACGAAGACCGGAUUCUGCUUCUUCGACACGAGAUGGUGAAGACUAACACUCUUGCAAACUCCGAUGAUGAUAAAGGCUCUGGUUUCUCAUCCAAGGAACUUGGCGAGCGUGCACUCGCGCGGUCUUUGAGCGACGAGCAAGCUCAGUGGCUGGAGAACUGUCCAGUGAUUCUGGAAGUCGGCCGAGUUCCAGGCAUGGGACAGGUUGUUGUCGUUCAUGCGGGACUAAUACCGGGAAUCAAGCUUGAGAAGCAAGACCCUUCCAGUGUGAUGACUAUGCGGACCAUUGAUUUGGAUACGCAUGUACCCAGUCCAAAAAAGAAUGGCAUGAAUUGGGCUAAGAUGUUUGAUAAACAUCAAUCAAAACUAUACUCGAGCCUCGAGACUUCGACUGAAGAUCCCCUCGCAAACACUACGACUGUUGUCUAUGGCCACGAUGCUUCAACGUCCCUUUCAAUCCGCACAUUCACAAAGGGCCUUGACUCGGGUUGCGUGAAGGGAGGGAAGCUCACAGCUUUGGUUAUAGAGGACGGCGGAAAGCAAAGUCUUGUACAGGUAUCGUGCCGUGACUAUCUAAAAGAAUGA